AUGGAGAGCUUCGCCUCUUCGUCUGGCGGCGUCCAUGCUCUGUCUGAAAGUCAUCAUUCGCCCCGACGCUCGCGUGCCAAAGCCAGGCUGCUUUGGCGCAGUGACCUCGUCUUGAUCGACGGAACACAACUCCCGGGAGUUGCCAUAGUCUCUUACUCCAAUCCUUUCGGCGAGCCAGCUGAGGACGACAGCAAACACCAUGGAGCACGCGCCAACCUUCACGAGGCGGAAGCCGACCUGUGCUUGGCGCUCGAGAUGCUUCGCAACCAGCCGUUACGCAUCGCAUCCGUAGCUAAGCAUCGCGGGCCCGAAGCUAAAACAGCCCUGCCUGCACAGCGACAGACACACUGGGUCGCCAGCGGAGAAGUCCGCGUCUACAUCGACCCGAAAGAGUCUGCCACCUGGGCCUUCUUCCAGCGCAUAUUUUGCUUCGAAGCCGACUUUCUCACAGACGCCGACGACGAACGCUCGGCUCAGGUGCUCACCGUGUCGCUCCAGCCAUCCUUACACGCUCCCAGCGCAGAGAAUGGCGCUUCCGAUCCCUUCGCUACCGUCCACACUCCAACGGCGCCCCACUCGGAAUUUGCCAUCUUUGCACAGCCAGUACGAGCAACCGAAGGCGACCGGGCUUCAGCAGAUGCUCCGUCCACGUCCAUCCGUCUCGUCCUCGGUCGGAGGGUCACUGUACAAACCCGAAGGCCGCUCGCCGCCGAUUCAAGUCGUGACCUCUCGCGGUCGCGCAGCUUCCACCGCCAGCAGAGCAUCGGCUCGCAGAGUCUGCAGGAUGUCUUCAGCCAGGCCGGCCUGACGCUGCCCAUGCUGGGUGGCUUGCCAUUUCCAAGUGCAACCCUUGCUCCUCGUCCGGACGAUCCGCUUCCGCGCGGUUCCAUCUCUGCGCUUUUGCAAGCACGCUCCAAGCGAUCAUCUGGUCAAGCGGAACGUAGCCGAGCCGUGUCGCCCGCACGCUCGCCGAGCGUGGUCCCUCCCACGAUCACAGGGGGUCCCCACACUCCCGGGCGGAGGGGUGAGAAGCGGCGCCGGGGCUCGGAUCAAAAAGUCGCUGGUAGUCCCUCACACGGUGCUGACGUCAGUGACGAGCAAGAUGCUCGCAACGCAUCGCCGACCAAGGCCAUCAAGCGACACGCUGACCGCAUCCUUUCGGACCUCCCUCGCCUCAAUCUUGGCAAGCAGCCGAUGCGUGCACCUGUCACUACCCCUCGAGACAGCUCGGAUUUGCUCGACGUCGCACGCGUCAAGGUCGAGUCCGCAUCGCCAGAGCCCUUCGCGCUCGAGAGCAACGAGCCUAUAGACAAGACGAAUCGCAAUCUCAUCAAGAAGCUCGUCCAUACCCUCCUCGUUCGCGAACACGGCCUGUCCAAAACCCACCCCGACUACAUCGCCACCUACAACCAGACGUGCUCGGGAACGUGGUGCACCUUUCGCAACGUCGCCAACUCCCGUCCUCUCUCCAAGGACGCCGUCGAAAACGUCGUUCGCAUCCAUCUAUCACUGUACUUGUAUUCAAGCGUCGAGUAA